CAACAGUUGGCGCGACUUUCAGAAGUUCGAGUCGAACAAUCCCCGCCUCUCAACUUAAUGGGUUCGCCGUUGCUACUGCUAUUACCUGGCGACGAGCCGUUGUGGAUUUUCGAAAACGCCUCUCGGUUUGUUUCCAGAGGUUGAUUCCGGUCGAGAAACGAUGUUGAGUCUAUUUGAGGCUGAAGAUCGAUUCGGAAAUCAAGACUACACGACGCAGUGCUGACAGAAUGACAGCCCCUGGAGACUGAAUGGCUCUUGAUCGUCGCCCGAGCAUUAACCCAAACCAGAGAAUUCGCUUGAGACGGCUGCUUCCGCUGUUCCUCUUCUUGGCGACGAUCGUUGCUUUGCAGUUUUUCGUUCUCUUUUCCAAAAACGGAUAUUCCCUAAGAAAAGCGCUACCAGGUCUGUCCACGCCUCGACCUGGACCGCUGCAUGUCCUCGUAGUAAGUUACGCUCGGUCAGGAUCUUCCUUUCUAGGCGACUUGCUGGCAGAACUGCCUGAUGCCUUCUACUAUUUCGAGCUUCUGCAUUUCUUGGGCAGCUCCGUCCUCAACGGAACAGACAUAAACCACCGCGCGCGCCACUUGCUGAGCGUCGCUUUUCAGUGCAACAUCUCUGUGGUGGAUGGCUUUAUGGACUGGCAAAAACGACACCAGACAUUUAUGAAGUUAAAAAGAAGCAUUCAUUACUGGGCGACGUGUUCCAAUGCCACUCGGGCCAAAAACGCUAUUAAUAACGUCUGCUACAACGCCACGUACAUGGAUUCCUAUUGCAGUAAAAAGGACAUCCUGAUUGCUAAAACAAUCCGCAUCAAGUUGCCAGAAGUAAUCGACCUCUUCUACAAUCCGAGCCUUAAUCUGAAGGUGAUAUACUUGAUGCGUGACCCACGUGGUAGCUUCAACUCAAGAAACAAGUUCCCCAUCGCCGCGUGGUGCAAAAAAGAUGUACUGUGCCACAGUGCAAAACAGUUUUGUACCUCCCUGGAGGACGAUCUGGAGGCUGUGUGUCACCUCCGAGCUGAAAAACCGACAGACUUCCUUGCCAUUCGUUAUGAAGACUUGGCGAUGAAUCCCUACCAAACUACCAAAACCAUUGUGAGGUUUCUUGGAUUUGAAGAAAUUCCAAAAAAUCUAGUCUCAUUUCUCAAAACCCAUACGUCCGUCCAAGACAAACUAAAAAUCCGAACCAAAGCUAUGGGCAUUGAAUUUCCUUACUCAACCUUCCGGAAUUCCGCCAUGGCUGCUACUAGUUGGCGGAAGGAGAUGAGUUUCGUACGAUUGACUGAGCUUCAAAAAAGUUGCCAGCCCGUUCUUAAUUUUUUUGGAUACCACUCAUAUUCCACCCUGGUGUCUCUCAGGUCGAACAUCCAAUACGACAUAGGAAUAGAAAACGCUCUCUUGCAACACUGCGUUCAAAAUUUAUGAAAAGCAAGUUCUUACGGUAUACUUAAAUUUUCUCCAGUGAACUUCCCCACAAGUUGGGUAUGCGAAUUUUUUUAAUCUACCUUCACUCAUUGGAUAAAAAUGUAGUUUUUGAGCAUUUGAAGCAGAAUCUUGUCAAAGCACAUGACGUUCGCCAAUGGGUUUUAGGAGUAGCCUUCCAGAAAGAAAGCAAAUGCUGAGAGUAGUCAGAAAAUUGUGAAAUUUCUCUAAACAAUUUAGUUACAGGACGUAUCUCCAGACAUUGACGCAUGUUUGAGCAAAACGUUAUCGUCAGCAUUUUCUUAAGACUGCUAGUCUGUUUAAAAGCUUAAAGCCCAAGAAAACUACAUUUCAUGAUUGCGGUGCAGAGCACCGGAAGAAAGGAGUCUCCAAACUGUAAGGAGGGCCAUGAUGGUGUCCUCUUUGGUAAGAUGUUAUGCUCUUAAUUAGUGGGUUGCAGGUUCAAUGACAUCCGGUAAAAGAUCUUUCGUGUUCGCUGAUGAUGAUUGGUGCACGUUAAAUCUGCCGUCCUCUAAGUUAUCAUUCCAAACCUCUGAGGUUUGCUCGACUGGUCUGAAUCAAAAGACAGAGAUGUUUUCUGGUGCCCAUCCAGGUCCCAAUUUUUACCUGUUGUAUGCUUUACGGAAGUGUUUCAAAAGUGAAGAUUAUUUUACCAUUUUCAAUCUUAUUCAAAUACUCAUGCAUCAAUGCAAGAAUAUUAUUAUUUAAGGAUUAAUUUUGAGAAAAAAGUUUCGAAAUAAACAGGCAAAAUAGUACAGUGCAAUAAUUUUACCGACGCAUAAUUGAGAAAUUAAACUUUUGAAAUGAAACAUAAAUGAAAAUUAAAUAGCAUGGCGUUUCUUUACUUUUUAUUAGUACUUUUCAAAAUGGACUUACAACUAAUGGGAAAGCAUAAAAGAAAUUACUUAUAAAUGAAUGAUUAGCAGUAGUAGCAAAACUGUUAUUUGUCUAAUCAAAGCUGGAGCGUAACAGAGCAUUGUUUUUUUAAACGUUUUCAACCGUCCAUAACAUUUAUUUCUGUAGAGAACACAGAUGACUGUUAUAGUACACUUCACGAUUAUUGGCAUUUGUCUUCGGAUGGAUCUACCAUAAAAUCGAUUGAAAACAAGAUAAGCGUUCGUUGCUAAAAUUAACCAUUGUACAUAUUACCAUACAAACCUGUCAACUACUUUUUCACCAAAAUGCGGCGGAUUUACCAACAAAUAUGGAAGUAAAAAUGUGCAUAAUUUUGCGUGACAUUUCUUUUUACUAAUCCGAUGUAAUCAAUUGUUAAACAGUUAAAAUUAAUUGAAAGGGAACUAUUCACACAAAUUAUUACCAUUAAAUCAUUAGAAAGAGCAAUUUCAAAAACACGGGUUUUGAUUAUUUUUAAUGGGCAAAAAAAAAAAAAAAAAUAUCCUGUGUACAUAUAAUAGGUAUUUUAAGUUAUAUAUGAGUUACUUUAGAAAAACCUAUUAAAAUUCGAUCGGUGCAGAACACUAUUUUUAAGCCCUCUACAUCACAGAGAAAACCCCUGCAUACAUGACGUCUUUGAUUCAAAACGAAAAUGUACUGUUUUCGCUUUGAGCCGCUAGGAUUAUGAUAGAUAAUUCGUUCUAAAAGGGAAAAUGCGGAAGAUUUUACCUUGCUAAGUUAGGGUUUAAACACGGUAAGCUUCUGGGUCAUUUCAUGAUAUUUUUGACCUUUAUGUAGAGUCCGUAACCUUUGUUUUUCCAAAACUUUUUAAUUUACUGUUUGAUUUGCAAAUUAUUUUAAUAUGAGUUAGUGUGUUGGUAGUUCAAAAUAAAAUAAUAUGCUAAUCAAACAGCAAAGUAAAAAAAUAUGGUAAAAAAAGGUCACGUUACGAACUCUACAUAAAUGUACAACAAUACCGUGAAAUGACCCUUCUGCAAAAUGCGGAAGAGUUGGUACGUCUGGUAUACAAUUUAGAAUCAUUGAUUUUUGUCGUUUGCCUAGUGCCAACAACUGUGAGUUGGACUGUACAACGCCGUUCCAUUUCGUGAAAGAAGAAAUCAAUGCUUUGUUUGACGAUCUUUAUGCACGAAAUUUUCCAUGUAAAUUAAUUUUCAUGAAAAUAAUAACUAUAUUUUCGAUUGUUCAUUUUGUAGAUGAUCAUAUUUUAAUAUUGUUGGCAAAAUAAAUAUAUUUCGUGGUUUUCA